AUUAGCCAAAACUUCAAAAAAAUAAAAAUCAAGAACAAUUCUUUUCCAAAUAUUCAUCAAAUGGAAAAUUUUAAGAGGACUUUCCAAGACGAAUUCGAAGGCGAUGAUUUUUACGAUGAGUUAAGAAGACAAAUAUUAAUAUUGACAUCAGAAGAUGAAGAAGAAUGUGUUCAACAAUCGAAUAAAAAAGUACAGGUAGGUGCAUUAAAGCUGCCGCUAUGCAUGGGAUCGGGAAUUCAGUUUUAUUGGUAUGGAGAUAAUAAAGAGGAUAAUAAUAAAGUUCCAAAAUGGAUAUCAGAUUUAUGGAGAAAAGGGAAUACAAAUGAAGUGUUCAAUGGUACUGGAGUUUUUAUUCCACAUAUUGUUAAAUCAAGAAGAAGAAAUAAAUCAAGAAGGAAGAAUACUGAAAGAGGAAAAAUAUACAAGCCAGUGGCAACAAGAAACUGUUAACCAUUCAAGUUAUUUUUUGAUCAUCAAAAAUAAAUUCAUUGUAUAAUAUAUUCAUGCAGAUAAUAUAGCCACAUAAAACUCAAUAAGUUUUGCUGUAUUAGCCAUGUAACAGAUUCAUUUAUUAUUUAUUUAUGAAUUUAAAAGGUGAAUCUUUCGAA